AUGGCGCCUUGGACUCAGACAGAUAUUCAACCUAGCACUGAUGUUGGGGAUAGUACUACGGAGAAAUUGACGUCAACAUUGUAUACAACAAUACCGUUAUCCACAACCCUCAAAACUACACAAACAUCGGAGGUAUCUACACUGUCAAUGGAAGAUAUUCAACCUAGCACUGAUGUUGGGGAUAGUACUACGGAGAAAUUGACGUCAACAUUGUAUACAACAAUACCGUUAUCCACAACCCUCAAAACUACACAAACAUCGGAGGUAACUACACUGUCAAUGGAAGGAUGUAAAUCAGACGCAGAUACUGACAGACCGGGAUCAGAUAUAAACGUUGGGAGUGACUUGCCGGUAGCCAACCCGCAAGCAUGCUGUGAUGCAUGUACUGACAGAGUUGGGUGUGUUGCAUGGACUUUUCAGAAAAAAAUUAAUUAUGGAAAUUGUUGGUUAAAAAAUCAAGUGCCAAAUCCAGUUCCUAAUACGUGCUGUGAAUCUGGUUAUGUAGAUAAAACCAGUACUAUAUUGCCACAUUCAACAUUUUUACCUACUACUGAAGUUUUGACCUCAACCGAACAGGUUACAAUGACAACAGAGGUAGCGACUACACAGGCAUGCAAUACAGCAGUUACAUGUCCAAUAGACUGGUUGUACCUUUGUAAUAAUGAUCGAGUGUCAUGCUACAAGAUCGGAUCAGAUAGUCAAGACUGGAAUUCUGCACGUGUCACAUGUGAAAAUGCACAUCCAGGUGGUGAUCUGGUGAAAAUAGAGAACCAAACCGAACAGGAUUUUAUUACAGCACAAAUGUUUCAAGUGUCAGUAGCUGGGUGUAUUCCAUUAAGUCUAUGCGAUGUAUGGAUCGGAGUUUCAUUUACCCUCUCAACAGGUUAUACCUACGCAGAUGGAACAAGCGUAACAUAUUUUAAUUGGAAUACACCCAUAGAACCCAAUGGAGGAACUGCUGAUAAAUGCGUUCAGAUGGGCCGUACUACUGGUCUUUGGGAUGACAGAGAGUGUUCUGGCUUAAGAAGAUAUGCCUGUGAAAUUGAAGGCACAGAAGGGUACGAUUUUGAGCUGUGGAUGUGUAAAGAAUCUGCGGGAGAGGCUCAUCUCCUUAACUGUAUGUGCCCCCAUUCAGCGAAGAUACCCAAAUUGUUCAAUAGAACCACAAGUUACGAAGUGUCUCUGAAUUACAGAAUAACGAUAUAUGAUAAUUCUUCAGAUUCGUACUUCUGUCUUGUUCAAUAUAGUGGUGGUAAAUGGCCUCACAUAACGGAGCAGCCAGAAAAUAUCACAGUAAGCGCGGGAGCGUCUUCAACACUCAGGUGCGAGAGUUCCGGGUUUCCACCUCCUCACAUAAAAUGGAUGAAAUCGGGACAUGAGUUGGGUUUCUUUGAUAAUUCUCGUUUCGUCACGAUGUCCAGUGAUGACGUCAGUUGGCUGAAUAUAAAUGAGACUCUGCCACAGGAUGAAGGCGUCUACAAUUGCAUAGCAACCAAUAUACUAGGCCAGGCAACGUCGACGGAUGCAGAAUUAACGGUCAUGACAGACGCUAUGCCGACUGGUGAACUACUUAUUGAGCCCCCUGACCAGCCAGAGUUAUCAAUGGGUAUGAUAUUUGCCGUGAUUGGAGGCUCCCUAGCCGUUGUAAUCAUGAUUAUUAGUGGAAUAAUCUGCUAUAUCCGACGUCGUCAUAGAAAACAAAUAGUACAUAUCCAUGGCAAUGUCAGUGCUAACAACUUUACAGUUAACGCCGAGAAUGAUGCGGCAGUGAGGAUCCUUGGUGAUGUCGCUAUAGGACACGAAAAUUUGGGUGACAAACUAGAAGCUGAAGCAGACGUCAACCUUAAUAAUCUGAAACAGUAAGGUGAAGAAGACACAAUUUAAAGACGGGGAUCGCUCUUAAACAAGUUAUACCCUAGUACGCUAUUAUGAACUAAAGUAUCAUCAAUAUUAUGUUUAAGCACGUAUCAAAUUUGCAUAUGCACAUGUAUAAUACUAGCAAUUACACAUUGAUAUUAUAUAGUUUCCUUCGUGACGCGCGAGUUGAUUCUCGUUGCCAUUGACAACACAUAC